AGUGCGCAAACUCAAGUGACUUUCGAUCGGCGUUCGUAGCGCAGAUGGCGCUGACGUUUCUUCUUCCGUGAUCGUAAUCAUAGGAAAGAGCUAACAUGGCGGACGCUGCUCCAGCCGCUCGUGGAGGAUUCCGAGGAGGUUUUGGUUCUCGAGGCAUUGGUGACCGUGGGGGACCACGCGGCCGCGGUGGACGUGGACGUGGUCGCGGUCGAGGUCGCGGCCGUGGCAAAGAAGAUACUAAGGAGUGGAUCCCUGUAACUAAGCUGGGUCGCCUGGUUAAAGAUGGAAAGAUCGUAUCGCUCGAGGAAAUUUAUCUUUUCUCUUUGCCGAUCAAAGAAUUUGAAAUCAUUGAUUUCUUUAUUGGUACAUCAUUGAAGGAUGAGGUUCUUAAAAUCAUGCCAGUUCAGAAACAGACUAGAGCUGGUCAACGUACCCGUUUCAAGGCCUUUGUUGCUAUUGGGGACAGCAAUGGACAUAUAGGUUUAGGAGUAAAGUGCUCUAAAGAGGUAGCGACAGCCAUUCGCGGUGCUAUUAUUUUGGCAAAAUUGUCCGUUGUUCCAGUGCGCAGAGGUUAUUGGGGUAACAAGAUCGGUAAGCCGCACACGGUACCGUGUAAAGUGACUGGCAAGUGCGGUUCUGUGCAAGUACGUCUUAUUCCUGCACCGAGAGGUACUGGAAUUGUGUCAGCUCCGGUACCCAAGAAGCUACUUCAGAUGGCUGGUAUCGAAGACUGCUAUACCUCAGCCAGAGGAUCCACCUGCACAUUGGGCAACUUUGCAAAGGCAACGUACGCCGCUAUCGCCAAGACGUACGCUUAUUUGACACCCGAUCUCUGGAAAGAGAUGCAACUAACUAAGACACCUUACCAGCAGUACGCGGAACACUUGUCUAAGAAUCAUCGCGCCAUAACUGGUUCGAGGCCCACGGAUGUUAACUAAACAUUAAUGAUUUUGAUUUGAUAUAAUAAAGAUCCUCCAUGAAAACUA